AUGAGAGAUCAAGGCCCUGACUUGAGAGAUUGGAUGCUAGGUAUGGAGGCCAAUGUACAAGCCUUUACUGAAGACAUUAAUUUGAAGAUGAGCGAUAUGUAUAAGGAUCUGAACGACAAGAUGCCUUCCCUUACAAUCAAGGUUGGUAACCUCGAGAAGCAGAAUAGGGAAAACGUUUUUAUUCUUGAGAAAUUCAAGGAGCCCAUUUUGGAGACCAAUGAGCAAGUGCUUGACCUUGGAAACUUAAAAGCUAUAACGUUGAGGAGCGGAACAGCCUACAAAGAACCAGAAUAUCCAGAAGGGUACUUAGAGAAAGAUCGAACACCAGGAGUUAUUCCCAUCGAAGAAGAAGAAGGAGCCAUAGGGAAAAAGGAAAGAGAAGAGCUUAUCCACAAGGAGCUCACCAAGGACACUCUACCUCAAGUUCCACCUCCGACGCGCAUUUAUCAAACCAAGGUACCAUAUCCAACUAAAGUUUCUAAGAAAGAAAAAGAGAGAGCCAAACUCAAGGAGCUUGUCGGGCAAUUAUCGGUAAGGCUACCUUUUGUUGAAGCUUGUGCAAUGAUUCCCCCUCUAAGGAAGUACAUGAAGAUUAUUUUGAAAAAUAACAUCAGUCUAGAGGAUGGUGUCAUGGUGAUUACACAAGAGUGCAGUGCAAUUCUACAAAAUGGCAUUCCUCAAAAGCGAGGAGAGCCAGGCAGUUUUGUUUUAUCAUGCAAGAUUACAGAUGAAGUUUUCAAACGCUCUCUCUGCGAUUUGGGAUCAAGUAUCAAUAUGAUGCCACGGUCAGUUCCUAAAUGCCUGGGAUACCAUUUUUUCAAGCCUACGAAGAUCUCAUUGGUCCUAGCGGAUAGAUCGAUUCGACGCCCUGUCGGAAUUCUAGUUGGUGUACUGAUUGUUAUUGGAGAUUGUCAAAUCCCAACAGACUUUGUGAUUUUAGAGCUUGAGAAGGAGCCUAAAGAUCCUUUGAUACUUGGCCGUCCUUUCCUUUCCACAGUCGGAGCUAUCAUUGAUGUUCCCAAUGGAAAGAUCGACUUAAACCUGGGAGGCUAUGUUAUGAAGUUUGACAUGAAUGAAUCAUUGAAGCUAUCGAUUUCGGAGAACUUAGAUAACCCGAUCUUCACCAUGAACGAUUAG